AUGGCGACAACAGCAGGCCAGGGCUGGACCCAAUUACGGCAACAAGCCAGGGCGCUGGAAACACAGACAGAAACAUACCUCCACACAUACUCCCAAUUUUCGUCACAAUCCAACAUCCCACCAAAGCCGACAGAAGAAGAGAGGAGUACCGAGGCGAAACUCCAGGAGCUGCUUGAGAAGCGCGACAACGUCAUCUUCCAACUCACCCGCCUCCUCGACUCAGAACCAACACUAUCAUCCUCCUCCCUAAAACAAAACAACCUCUCCCUUCUCCGCGACAAGUUCGCCGACCACCGCCGUGACCUCUCCCGCCUCCGGUCAACCCUCCAACGAGCCCGCGAUCGCGCAAACCUGCUGGGUUCAGUCCGGGAAGAUAUUUCUGCCUAUCGUGCCGCGAACCCUGCCGCGGCGGAAGCAGACUACAUGCUUGACGAGCGAGGGAGGAUAGACAACUCGAUUGGUGUGGCGGAUGGUGUGCUCAGCCAGGCGUACGCAGUGCAGGACAGCUUUUUGGCGCAGAGGGAGACGCUGGCGAGUAUUAAUCGGCGGAUCACGCAUGCGGCGAGCCAGGUGCCGGGGAUUAAUACGUUGAUUGGGAGGAUUUCGACCAAGAAGAAGAGGGAUGGGAUUAUCAUGGGGGGGUUUAUCGCUUUUUGCUUUUUGGUGUUUUGGUUCAUGAUGUGAAUUUGUUUAAAGGG